AUUGGUAUUGAAGUUCGUGACCCAAUGAAAAAAGGACACAUAUGUUCUGCAUAUAUGAAAUACAAUGGUAUCUCUGUAAAAGUCAACUCAUAUGAAAUAUUACGUAGAAGUAACAUAAAUUUUGUGAAAUUAUCAAUGAUGGAUGAUUGUGUGAUGCGUUUCAAA